AUGCCAGAGGCCCCCCAGACCCGGCCGGGCCGGAGCAGAGCAGUGCCCCCAGCCCUCCAGGAGCGGACGGGCUCUGCCAAGCCCGACCUGGGCACUGCCCCCAGCCCAGGGACACGCGAGGGCUUUGCCCGAGAGCCGUGCCCAGAGCAGCAGAGCUGUCACACCCCAGCUGGUUCUGGUUGGUGUGAGGCCCCAGCAGCGCCCGUGGGUGCCCUGGGCAGCACAGGAGCUGUUGCCAGGGCCUGGGGAAGCACAGGGAGCCCCUGGGCCAGGCUGUGGGAGGGCGGCUUUGCCCUCACCUGGCUCCCUUUGCCCGUUUGCCUCCCCAGGCCCUGGGAGCUGCUCCUGUGCUCCUCCUGCGCUGCUGAGGGCACCCACAGGCGCUGCUCUGGCCUGAGAAACCGCAUAGAGAGCUGGGAGUGUGACAGCUGUGCUGGUGUCGGAACGGCUUCCAGGGAUGAGUCAGAGCUCAGUGGCCCCAGCCUGACCAGACAGUCAGGACUGGAGCCUGCUCAUGGCUCCUCAGCACCUGAGGCCAUCAGCCCCAGCUCCAGCACCCUGGUGCCAUCGGGGCUGGAUCCCCAGUCUCCAUCUGCGGAGACCAGCAGCAGCCACCAGCACACAGUAUGGCUGCAGUCUCUGCUGUCUUCUUCACUGGACACCAGCAGCCCCAGCACAUCAAGCUCAACGUACAGCACCUCGUCUGACCCUGAGGACAGGGUCCAUUGCAGACGUGCUGGGCCCGGCUGCAGGCCAACCCGCUCUCGCCAGCAAGGUCGGGCCCCAGAAGGACCCGUCCGAUGGAGGAGUCGCUGUGACAGGAGCAGGAGGACAACCACGAGGACUGAGAGGCCCAGGCCAAGGGAGACACCUUCACAGGCAUCCCCCAGACGCAGCCGCGCCCGCCAGCAAGGUCAGGCCCAGAGUCCGCCUGCCCGGUCCAGGAGUCGCCGUGACAGGAGCAGCCGGACAAGACCAAGGACUGAGAGGCCCAGGCGAAGGGAGACGUCGUCAGGGACAUCCUGCAGACACAGCCACGCCCGCCUGCAGCGCCGGGCCUGGAAUCAACCUGUCCUGUCCAGGAGUCGCCAGGACAGGAGCAGCAGGACAGCAGCAAGGGCUCAGAGGCCCAGGCGCAGUGGGGCACCGUCAGGGAUGUCCCGCAGGAGCAACCGCUCCCGCCAGCGACGCCGGGCCUCAACUGGGACCUACAACAGCAGCACAUAGGGGCAUCUUUUCUUUCUAGUCCAUCUGCUUGCUGCCGUGUGGUGCUGUGUUUUUGUGUUAAAUUUGUGCUUUUCCCCUCUUCCCUUCCCUAAUCCCUCCUCUCCCCAGUUGUCCAUGGAGGGUUUCCCUGAGGUGUCACAGUCUCAGCCCCGCUCCAUGGCGGGUUU